AUGGGUUCCCUGGCCCUGCAGCUGUGCGCUCUCUCCUGCCUGGUGGCUCACUUGGUUUCUGGCAGCCCCAUCAUGAGCCUGGAGCAGUCGCCUCUGGAAGAAGAUAUGCCCCUCUUUGAUGAUGUCUUCUCUGAGCAAGAUGGUGUCGACUUCAACACAUUGCUACAGAGCAUGAAGAAAGAGUUUCUCAAGACAUUGAACCUGUCGGACAUCCCCAUGCAAGAUUCAGCCAAGGUUGACCCACCAGAGUACAUGCUGGAACUCUACAACAAAUUUGCGACAGAUCGGACCUCCAUGCCAUCUGCCAACAUCAUUAGGAGUUUCAAGAAUGAAGAUCUGUUUUCCCAACCAGCCAGUUUUAAUGGACUCCGAAAAUACCCUCUCGUCUUCAAUGUGUCCAUCCCUCACCAUGAAGAGGUCAUCAUGGCUGAACUCAGGUUGUACACCCUGGUGCAAAGAGAUCGCAUGAUGUAUGAAGGAGUGGACCGGAAAAUCACCAUUUUUGAAGUACUAGAGAGCAAAGGGGACCAUGAGGGUGAAAGAAACAUGCUGGUCUUGGUGUCAGGGGAGAUCUAUGGAACCAACAGUGAGUGGGAGACUUUUGAUGUCACUAAUGCCAUCAGGCACUGGCAAAAGUCAGGCUCAUCCACUCACCAGCUGGAGGUCCACAUUGAGAGCAAGCAGGAAAUGGAGGAUGCUGGCAGGGGACAACUGGAAAUAGACACGAGUGCCCGGAAUAAGCACGUCCCUUUGCUUGUCGUGUUUUCUGAUGACCAAAGCAGUGAGAAGGAGCGGAAGGAGGAACUGAAUGAAAUGAUUGCCCACGAGCAACUUCCGGAGAUGGACAACCUGGGACUGGACAGUUAUUCCAGCGGACCCGGGGAAGAGGCUUUGCUGCAGAUGAGGUCAAACAUCAUCUAUGACUCCACUGCCCGUAUCAGAAGGAACGCGAAAGGAAACUACUGCAAGAGGACCCCGCUUUACAUCGACUUCAAGGAGAUUGGCUGGGACUCUUGGAUCAUCGCCCCGCCUGGAUACGAAGCCUAUGAAUGCCGUGGUGUUUGCAACUACCCCCUGGCUGAGCAUCUCACCCCCACAAAGCAUGCAAUUAUCCAGGCCUUGGUCCACCUCAAGAAUUCCCAGAAGGCUUCCAAAGCCUGCUGUGUGCCCACCAAGCUGGAGCCCAUCUCCAUCCUCUAUUUAGACAAGGGCGUCGUCACCUACAAGUUUAAAUAUGAGGGCAUGACUGUCUCUGAGUGUGGCUGUAGAUAG